AUGCCUUCUGUGGGACCGAGCAAAUUCGUGCUCGUUCGGAAAUAUCUGAGACCUUGACCAGGUCUGUUCUCGUAUUAUACAUGAACCAAAGCCUGGAAACCCAUAGCAGCCCAGCGAGCUGCGAAUGCGGACAGCACAUCAGGCUUGAACAUGGUUUACACGAUACUGUGGCACUUCUUGACGAUGAACCACAGAAGUCAUUUCCACUACAUGCACACACCGCAGCGUUAGACGCUUCCUUUGUUCACCUUCCCUCGUCCAUCCUCAGGGAUGUUGCUUGUUGUCCAGCUUCUUCGGAGCCGGGUGGUCGAGAAUUCCGAGACACGCUUCAUGACAUCUGUCUGUUGGAGCAAGCUCUGCAUGAUAGCGAUAACCCGCCACAUCUCUGUCUUGAAUGUAUACAGCGUGUGGAACAAGCUCUACUUGCCGAUACCGAACGGUUAAAAUACGAAACUAAACGCUACGAUGAAGCAGUCCGAGACGAGCGAGACCGGCAGCGUUCAUUGCACCAAGCACUGAAUGCUGUAUCCUUUGCAGGCUUAGGCGACAAUUUCCAGCCCGAGUUUAUGUCACAAAGUGCUGAUGCCGAUAGCUCCAGUCCCCUACUUCAAAGAGCAGAAGAAGCCUUUCGGAAUGAGAUUGAGGCGUUGCAGCAAUGUUGUGAUCAGCAAGAGGACGAAAUUGGUCACUUGCGAUCGCUUGUGAAGGAACAGGAAUUGAUAAAACAAGAAUUGCAGGCUACAGAAUUGCUCGUCGCGGCAGAGAGAAAUUCUUUAGAGGUAGAAGCUCGCGCUUUCGACAACGAUCACGAACAGCUGUGCGAUCAUUUGCUGAGUAUACAAAAGGAAGUUGAGACGCUUUCGUCAUCUCAAAUUCGAUGGCCUGCGUUUUUCCUGGACGUCCGUAUUGAUACAAGAGGAUUGCGCUAUCCAUUGAUAAAUGACCUUAGGUUGGCUUAUCGAGCGAAAGGCGAUCUGUCGUGGAACGAAAUACAGACGGCUUGGUCUCUGGCAGCACAAUUGCUGUUAAUUGUCGGAACCAUAUUUGAAUUUGCAUCACAAGAAUGGAAAAUUGUGCCGUUAUCUCAUUGCGCAAAGCUUAUUCAGUACCCAGGCGGCAAAAAGCAGCCUCCUACGGUCUACAAUAUUGGCUGCUCCGGAAAGCAAACCAGCCUUGCUUUGUUGGCUUGGAAUGCGCUCCUGCACGAGAUAAUAAAAGAUACAUCUGAAAAGCUUAAUCAGGCGCACAAAGAUGGUCUCUUGGAUUUAUCGGUACUGCCGCCUUUGCCCUUUGCUAUGGCGAAAACAACCAUUGGGGAUUUGAACUUGCUGCGAUUGUCGCCGGAGGACGAUGUUCGAUGGUCUCAAGCAAUUCAAUAUACGGCAACGAAUCUGCAGUGGCUGUCGGUUUGUACAUCAGCUCAUACAAUGCAAAAGUCUUUGACGCUGUACUUAAUUGCACAUGUAAGGCAAAAGCACGUCGGCCCAUUCAUCCGGCCCUCAAGCACUUUCCGUAUUCUGAACAAGCUUGUCGUCAACGACAAGCUUUGA